UUAUAUAUGACUUAAAUCCCACUGUCUUGAGAUUGUUCUAAAUUUUCUACAUAGACAGCCAUCUUUAUAAAGAUGGUUUAUUUUUACCUUUGGGUUUGUGUUUGUUUUUGUUUUUGUUCAUUUUGUUUUUGUUUUUGGUCAGAUAUGUUGGUUGGGACCUCCAGUACAGUGUUCAGUGGAAGUGGUGAACCUUAUUUCUUUUUUUAUUGCCCAGAUAUAGUCAUUUUUAAUAAAUGCCUUGGUGUGCUUUGAAAGAAUAUGUAUUCUGUUCUUCAGUAUAGUAUUCUGUAAAUGUAAUUUGAAUCAAAUUUUUUAUUGUAUUUGAAUCUAAUACUUUUAAACAUUUUUUUGGUAUGCUUUUGUGAUUUUCAGCAAAAUCUCUCAUUUUGAUGGUAGAAUGUCAGUUCAUUGUAGUUCUUCCAGUUUUUCUUUGUGUAUUUGAUGCAGUGAUGCUACACUCUAGGUUUUUUAUGUCUGUCUGGUGAUUUGAACCUUUAACAUUACGUAGGACCCCUAUUUGUAUCUAUCCUUUACUUCAAAGUCCAUUUGGUUUGAUACUCCUAUAGCAUUGCGGGGGUGCUGGUCACCUAGUGUAUCUUUUUAAAUUUUUACUUUAAAAGCUAAUUUGGGGAUACUAAUCUCCAGGGAGAUUUUUUUAUUCCCUUCCUUCCCAUAGCAAGUUUGAAAUAGGCAGUUUUAUUUGUGUUCUCUGGGUGGACGGGGACAGGGUGAAGUGGAUUUCUAGUUCAUCCUUAAUGAACUUGAAGAAAAUUCAGGUUUUCCAGUUAAGACCCUCCACUUAGGAAAAGGCUUUUUCUUCUCCCUCCUGUAACCCUGAUACCCCCAAAUCUAUCUAUUUUACUUGGUUAAGCAAGUACUCUUCAAGCUGAACCAGCCUUCAGUGUUUACUUACAUUGCCAGCUUCUCAUUUUUUCUUCAGUUUUGGACUCUUGUAUACAUGUUUAACUUAGCACCUUGAUGCAUUUUUUAAAAUGUUUAUAAUACUUAACAUAUAUAAUAAUACUUUUCUGCAGGAAAGUUGUCCUGAGGCAUUUGAGGGAAGAAUCUACAGUCUAUAGUAGCUGUGUCACUCAUGUGGUUCUCUGUGCCUUCCUUAUAAUUCUUAACCCUGUAUUCACAGGAGGAAUCAGUAGAAUUUUCUCAUUUAUUGGAGCUUAGGUUUCUCAGUAGAGAGUGUGUAGUCACUCCUAGAAAGUGCUGUAUGAAUACAAGCUAAUACGUUUUGAACUGAAAGCAAUGCGCAGACUUGCGUGCCUUGUCCAUCCAAGUCCUCCAAGUCACAAGCAUCGGCAGAAACAGUAAUUGUAAGGCAUGGAACUGAAAAGAAGAAAUUAGCUUUUUUUAGAGUUUAUUUUGAUAUUUAGACAAUAAAGUAAACAUGAACAAUUGUCAAGCAUACUUGGUUUAUUUUAAAAUCAUUCUUCAUAGUAUUUUUUCUUGUGAUCUGUGCAUUUUAAUUAAUAAAAACCCCACAUAUUUAAGUUUUAACAUUUUGCCAAAAGAGGGCAGUAUUCACCCACUGUAGAAUGUAAGAGGACUGAAAAAUUACUGGAAAGAAGGAAAAUGAAUUUAUUUUUCUUUAUAAGGUUGAUAAGCUUUGACAAAACUAGAUCUGUAAUCAUUAGAUUUGUCUCCCAGGCUGGUCAACUGGGAGUUUCCUAGAUUGGACCAUCCCAAAUUUUAAUUUGCUUUUUUACAUUUUUUAAAGUUCUAGUUUAGGGAUAAGAUUUGUUUGAGAAUUUUAGUCUUUAAGGAUAAAACCAUAAACCUUUUCUAAACACCUGCUUAGAGUAACCAAAAAAAUCGUUUAAAGCAUAUUUAUUGAAGUCUGUCUUUGCCAGUGUCCUCAGGGCCACUCAACUCAGUGACCCGUGGCUAAUUAAACCUGGUAAAGAAUGUGUCUUCAGCCAGUGGUGCUGCCACUGAGCCCAGCGGUGGCUCGGCCUUGUUCUACUUUACACAUACGUUUGUCUAUCAGUUUGCCGCCUCUGCAUGGUGGUGUAGGAGUUCAUGGCGUAGACAUAACAGCUUUAAAUAUUAAAGGAAGAAAUCGAAGUAGCUGGUUUGAAUCUCGUGAGUGAAAUGCUUUGGGCUUGAGGUGUAGAAUAUAUAGGAAGAAAGGAAACCAUUUUUUGAAAGCCUGCUUUGGAGCCGGGAAGGAAAAUGUGAGCCCAGAUCAACUAAUUAGAACUCUGCCCUUAAGGAUUUGGUAAUAACUGCCAGAUAAAAAGAAAAGCUGUUCUCCAUCGAUUCAAUAAAUAAUCAACUUGCGCUUCAGAAGGACAGCCGGGGGAGAAAAAAAGGACAGCUAGGGGCUAAUAAGAGGCUGGCGCUUACAUAACAUGUAAAGUGGAAGUAACUUUGGAAAAGUUUAUAUUUGCAUUAUGCUGCCCAAUAGAGUGCGUUUGUUUCCUGAAAUGGCUUUUGCCCGGACUAGCUUCUCCGCGUCCCGAGUCCAGCGCCCCCUACAGGCGGCUGGUGCCCUCCGCCCUGUAAUGUGAUCUCCCUGCUCCUGGAUUGGUCAGAGGCUGAGUUCCCCCGGAGCGGCCCUUAGCUGGGGCUCCCAAGCCCGGCUCCGCACCGCACGGCAGGUCCCGCACCGCAGCCGCCGCCGCCGCUUCCGUCGCCACCACCGCUGCUGCUGCUGCUGCUCCUGCUUCUUGGCUUCCAGCAGCGAAUGGAGCGAUGGAGUCCAGACUCUCCUGCUGGACCGCUUGCUUUCUCCUGGUCGUGUGGUGCCUGCCAGUGCUGCCCUGCCCUAGCCGGUGCCUUUGCUUGAAGAGCACCGUUCGCUGUGUGCACUUGAUGCUGGAUCACGUUCCUCAGGUGCCGCAUCAGACCACAGUUCUAGACUUGAGGUUUAACAGAAUACAAGAAAUUCCUGGGAGUGCCUUCAAGAAACUCAAGAAUUUGAACACUCUUCUCCUGAACAACAACCAAAUCAGACAGAUUUCCAGAAAUGCUUUUGAAGGACUUGAAAAUUUGCUUUAUCUGUAUCUGUACAAGAAUGAAAUUCAUGCCCUAGAUAAGCAAACAUUUAAAGGACUCAUAUCUUUGGAACAGCUGUAUAUUCAUUUCAACCAAAUAGAAACGCUACAGCCGGAGACCUUCGGAGACCUUCUGAAAUUAGAGCGACUGUUUUUGCAUAACAACAAAUUAUCUAAAAUCCCGGCUGGGAGCUUUUCUCAUCUGGAUUCAUUAAAGAGACUGCGUCUGGAUUCCAAUGCUCUAGUUUGUGACUGUGAUUUAAUGUGGCUGGGGGAACUUAUGCAAGGCUAUGCCCGAAAUGGCCAGACUCAGGCUGCUGCUACAUGUGAAUAUCCCAGAAGGCUCCAGGGACGCUCCAUCGCUUCGUUAACAGUAGAGGAGUUCAACUGUGAGAGUCCUCGAAUUACUUUUGAGCCCCAAGACGUGGAGGUAACAUCAGGGAAUACUGUCUACUUUACUUGCCGGGCUGAAGGAAACCCUAAACCGAAGAUUAUUUGGAUACAUAACAACCACUCGUUGGAUUUGGAAGAUGAUUCUCGAUUUAACUUGUUUGAUGAUGGGACACUCAUGAUCCGAAACACUCGUGAGUCAGACCAAGGUGAAUAUCAGUGUAUGGCCAGAAACUCAGCUGGGGAAGUCAAGACACAGAAUGCCAUGCUCAGAUACUCCAGUCCUCCAGCCAAGCCUAGUUUUAUAAUUCAGCCCCAGGACACAGAGGUUUUAAUCGGCACCAGCACAACUUUGGAAUGUAUGGCCACAGGCCACCCACACCCCCAUGUCACUUGGACUAGGGGCAGCGGAAAGGCCCUGGAUCGAUCCAGGCACCUGACUACUUCUGGAGGACUAUACUUACAGAAUGUCACCCUGCAGGAUCACGGUCAAUUUACCUGUCACGCUGACAAUAAUCAAGGCUCUGUUCAAGCUACAGCAAACAUAAUUGUACAAGCUCCUCCACAAUUCACAGUAAUCCCUAAGGAUCAAGUGGUGCUAGAAGGACACACUGUCGAAUUUCUCUGUGAAGCUGAAGGCAACCCACCUCCAAUAAUUGCCUGGACCAAAGCAGGAGGGCAAGUCUCUCAGGAAAGCCUACAUACAGUUCUCUCCUCUGGAACUUUGAGAAUUGAGCAUGCAGCACAUCAUGACCAAGGCCAAUAUGAAUGUCAGGCAGUGAGUCCGUUGGGAGUGAAAAAAGCAUCUCUCCAGCUAACUGUAAAACCCAAAGCUCUCCCAGUGUUUACUCAACUACCUCAGGAUACAAGUGUAGAGGUUGGCAAGAAUAUAAACAUUUCAUGUCAUGCUCAAGGAGAACCACAGCCCAUAAUUACCUGGAACAAGGCAGGUGUUCAGAUUACCGAGAGUGGUAAAUUCCAUGUCAGUGGUGAAGGCAUGCUAACCAUCUAUGACGCAGGGCAAGCUGACCAAGGAAGAUAUGAAUGUGUAGCUCGGAAUUCAUUUGGCUUUGUUGUGACCAAUAUGUUUCUCACAGUUGUAGCAAUACAGGGUAGACAAGCUGGCGAUGACUUUGUUGAAUCAUCCAUUCUUGAUGCUGUACAGAGGGUUGACAGUGCAAUUAACUCCACACGAAGACAUUUGUUUUCACAAAAACCUCGCACCCCUGGUGAUCUGCUGGCUCAGUUUCGUUAUCCGCAUGACCCAUUUACUGUGGAGACAGCAAGAGCUGGGGAUUUUGAGCACACACUUCUGCUGAUCCAGGAACAUGUGAAGCAAGGGCUCACUGUUGAUUUGGAGGGCAGAGAAUUCCACUACAAUGACUUGGUGUCCCCGCACUACCUCAGCCUCAUCGCCAAUUUAUCUGGAUGUACAGCCCACAGGCAGGUGCCCAACUGCUCUGACCUGUGUUUCCAUCAGAAGUACCGAGCCCAGGAUGGGACGUGCAACAACCUGCAGCACCCCAUGUGGGGUGCCUCCCUGACUGCCUUUGAGCGCAUCCUGAAGCCUGCCUACGAGAACGGCUUCAACCUGCCACGUGGGGUCGGCCGUCACACCCUGUCAGGCCGGUAUCCCCUCCCACCGCCCAGGCUGGUGUCCACAGAGCUGGUGGCUACGGCCACUGUCACCCCUGACCAUCGAUACACACACAUGCUCAUGCAGUGGGGUCAAUUUUUAGACCAUGAUCUGGACCACACAGUGCCUGCGUUGAGCACAUCUCGCUUCUCCGAUGGGCGGCUGUGUAGCUCAGUGUGUACGAAUGAUCCACCUUGCUUCCCCAUCAUCAUUCCUGACACUGAUCCCCGAGGGACUCGAGCGCCGUGCAUGUUCUUUGCACGCUCCAGUCCCGUGUGUGGCAGCGGCAUGACCUCCUUGGUGAUGAAUUCAGUCUACGCGAGAGAACAGAUUAACCAGCUCACAGCAUAUAUAGAUGCCUCUAAUAUCUAUGGGAGCUCAGAGCGGGAAUCUCAAAUUCUGCGAGACUACUCAGAGCCCCGGGGACUCCUGAGGACAGGCUUGCCAUGGGUCCCAUCCGGAAAGCCCUUACUGCCCUUUUCUUCCGGCCCACCCACCGAGUGCACAAGGCCAGAGCAGGACAGCCGCAGCCCCUGUUUCCUGGCGGGGGACCACAGGGCGAACGAGCAGCUGGCCCUCACAGCCAUGCACACCUUGUGGUUUCGGGAACACAACAGGGUCGCCACGGAGCUGUCUUCCCUGAAUCCCCACUGGGACGGAGACACCCUUUAUCAUGAAGCCAGGAAGAUUGUAGGUGCUCAGCUGCAGCACAUUACCUACAGCCACUGGCUGCCCAAGAUUCUGGGGGCACCUGGCAUGAAAAUGCUACAGGAUUACCAGGGCUACAACCCCAAUGUGAAUGCAGGGAUCAUUAACUCUUUUGCUACUGCAGCCUUCAGAUUUGGUCACACGUUAAUCAAUCCUAUUCUUUAUCGACUGAAUGACACCUUCGGAGAAAUCCCUGAAGGCCACCUUCCACUCCAUAAAGCUUUCUUUUCACCCUCCAGAAUAAUCGAGGAAGGUGGGAUAGAUCCACUCCUUCGGGGGCUAUUUGGUGUGCCCGCUAAAUUGCGGGUGCCUUCCCAGCUGCUCAGUGUAGAGCUAACCGAGAAGCUGUUCUCCACGGCCCACUCUGUAGCGUUGGAUUUGGCUGCCACCAACAUUCAAAGGGGGCGAGACCACGGGAUCCCUCCCUAUGCUGACUUCAGAGUUUUCUGCAAUUUGACAUCUGUUGAAAAUUUUGAGGAUCUUCAAAACGAGAUUAAAGAUUCAGAGAUUCGACAAAAACUGAAAAAGUUGUAUGGCACACCAGGCAACACUGACUUCUGGCCCGCCCUCAUGGUUGAAGAUCUGAUCCCUGGUACAAGAGUGGGACCAACACUUAUGUGCCUGUUUGUUACCCAGUUUCAGCGGUUAAGAGAUGGAGAUAGGUUCUGGUAUGAGAACCCUGGGGUGUUCACUCCCGCACAGCUCACUCAGCUGAAGCAGGCAUCACUGGGCCGUGUGCUCUGUGACAAUGGUGACAACAUCCAGCAAGUCCAGGCCGAUGUCUUCGUGAAGGCACAGUACCCGCAGGAUUACCUGAGCUGCAGUGAGAUACCGCAGGUCGAUCUGCGAGUGUGGCAAGACUGCUGUGAAGACUGUAGGAGUAGAGGACAGUUCAGAGCAUUCACACAAGAAUCUCGAAAGAAACGGUCUGCUCAAUACAGCUAUCCUGAUGAGAAAGAUAAUGACUUAAGUGAUCUACUCAUUAGGCAACAAGAUCACUUGUACAUUGAUGAAGAUGGUAGACACGUGACAUUUCUGCCAAAAGCAAAGUUUGCCCAAGAUUUCAGCAAUUUUGCAGUGGAAACUCAAAAAACCAUCAAAGCUCUCAGAGAACAGAUAAACAAGCUGGAGGCACGCCUCAGGCAGGUGGGAUGCACAGAUGAUAAAGGGAUUCUAAGAAAAGACAAUGAGCACUGGAUGAAAGAAGACUGCAUUAGCUGUAUGUGUAAGAGUGGCCAGGUCACCUGUGUGGUGGAGACGUGUCCUCCGGCUCCAUGUCCGAGUCUUGAAUUGGUGAAAGGAACCUGCUGUCCAGUUUGCAGUGGCCCAGGAAUGCCAGCUGAUUCCCCAGAGAAACACUAAUCAAUUCACUGCUCUGAGCCCUGAAUGGGGGAAUUUCUCAGGAAAAGGCAGUCAAGCACUUUUAACCUAUAGUCACACUGCUGGCAUAGAAAACACUGAUUUAAAACAAAUUAGUUCAUUUAACCCUUCAGCAUACUAAAGGUCUUGGAUCUUUUCAUUUGCUAACACACCUUGAAAUAAUGCAAAAUUAAAGUCCAAAAAGAGGAUAAGGAUUACUUUCUUGUGAGAAAUAUUUCUUGUUGUAACCUACCAGUUUUAUAUACUAUACAUGGAAAUUAAAAAAAAAAUCAUGCAAUUUUUUAAAAAAUCUGAGUAUUGUGGAAAAAACCUCUCAUUUCAAAAUUCUGAGAAAUCCUGAUCUCCAGGAAUUUUGAUAGAAUGCAUUUUGCACUCAGAGAAAACAUCUGGAAAGGUCUGUGAUGACUUUGGCGCAUGUAAUCCAUGCUGCUUUCCUCACUCCACUCUGUCUCUCACAUCUAGAACAUAAAAAAUGCCUAGAUUUUUCUAGAAAGGUAUUUACCUUAACCAUCAGUAGGCUCCACCUUCUAGAACAUGAGUGAAAAUUCAGUGAAAAUAUAUUUGGUGGAGUUUGCCAUUUUUACAUUUGGCUGGAAAGUACAAACACUGUGAGGGAAAGAGCCUUCAAAGGAGCCUUGCUCAAUUUCUGCCUUUCCCUCAUCUGUCAUUGUUAUCACUAGUGAGAUGUCAAAAUUGAAAUUUACCAAGUCUGAGUAAUUCAGAAACAAUCUGAAUUUACUAUCAGAAGAAUUGGAAGUGCUUUUCACUUUAACAAAAUGUGUUGCUACGAGGUUUCUUCUAAUUUUGGCACUCUGUUAUAGCAUUUAAAAUACAAUCUAAUAGACAAUAGGUUAGUUAUAUUUGGAAUUAAAUAUUUAGUAAAUUAGGUGAGUUUCACUUAAUAAAUUCUUUUUAAAAAGGUGCAGCCACAGUACUUGGGGUUGUUUGCAGUUUUUGGUAGAUUUCUUUAAGAAAUUCUUUGUUCCAGGACUUUGAAGAGACUUCGUGUAGUGUCCUGCCCAAAGGGGCUCUCAGGGUGAUAACACUACUGUUUUCCAAUUACAAAAUAAACAUUUAACACCAGGCACAAUCUCCCAAUAUUUAGAAGCAUUAUGUAAAUUGCAGUAUUCAUUAUAGUGGAAAUAUUUUCAUG